UCAUGUAAAUAACGCUCGCUACAAUAAUGAAUAUGAAGCGACCAUUGGCUAACUUUAAAGUGGUCUCUGCCUCACAGUACCAACACUAACCGCGAGUAACCCCGCCUCUUUAUGCCAAUAAAAGACACAGUCCUGGCUGAGCGAACAGUCGCUCCGUGAUUGGUUAGGUAAAACCCAUUUAUUCCCUGACAGCCCCCGUCACAUGAAUGGUUGUCUAUUAACUUGUUCAAAAAGUAUUUGGAGUUGUCAAGGCUCCUACGAAGAGGGAGAACUAGUCGUUGAUUCUUAAAAACCCAAGAGAGAAGUUCGUGGAGCAAUAGAGGAUCCACCUGGUGAAGAGAAAAAAGUUUCUGAAAGCAAAUAGGAAAUAACGACGAACGGCCUCUGGCUUGGAGUUUUGUUCUCUUUGGAGAAGCAAGUGACAAACAACCAGUUGAAAUGUAUAGCAUGAUGGAAACCGAACUGAAACCUCCCGCCCCACAGACAACUUCUGUGGUUACGGGGAAUUCUAAUGCUUCGGGAAACAACCAGAAAAACAGCCCGGAUCGAGUCAAGAGACCGAUGAACGCGUUUAUGGUUUGGUCCAGGGGCCAACGUAGAAAAAUGGCACAGGAGAAUCCAAAAAUGCACAAUUCCGAAAUUAGCAAACGACUCGGGGCAGAGUGGAAACUUCUAUCCGAAAGCGAGAAGCGUCCUUUCAUCGACGAAGCGAAGCGUCUCCGUGCUCUUCACAUGAAGGAGCAUCCGGAUUACAAAUACAGACCCCGGCGGAAAACCAAAACGCUGAUGAAAAAGGACAAGUACACCCUGCCAGGUGGGCUUCUUGCGCCGGGCGGUAAUGCUCUGAGCGCCGGGGUGGGGGCUGGUUUGGGUGCGGGAGUAAAUCAGAGAAUGGACAGUUAUGCACACAUGAAUGGUUGGACCAACGGAGGCUAUGGCAUGAUGCAGGAACAGCUCGGCUACUCGCAGCACCCUGGUUUAAAUGCUCACAACACGGCACAGAUGCAGAGCAUGCACCGCUACGACAUGAGCGCACUUCAGUACACUUCUAUGACCAAUUCACAGACCUACAUGAACGGAUCCCCCACAUACAGCAUGUCAUACUCUCAGCAGAACACUCCAGGUAUGACUCUUGGUUCUAUGAGUUCGGUGGUAAAGUCGGAAUCCAGUUCUAGUCCACCCGUAGUCACUUCCUCGGCUCAUUCGAGGGCUGCCCCGUGUCAGACCGGAGAUCUUCGGGAUAUGAUAAGCAUGUACCUACCGGGAGCUGAAGUCCCGGAACAAACAGCCCAAAGCAGACUUCACAUGUCUCAGCAUUACCAGACCGCCCCGGUACCUGGCGCGACCAUUAACGGCACAUUGCCUUUAUCACAUUUGUAAAGUACGUUUCUUCACAGAAACCGGACUAUUUUUGUACAGAACAUUUUGCGGGACAAGGGAAAAGUUUAUAGUACUGAAGGAAAAACCUCAAACUUUCUUUUUCUUAAAGCAAGGUUUAAAUGAACGGAUGAAAUGUUUUUUCUUUUCAAAGGGAUACCAUAUUUUGGAAAUUGAGAAAUCUCCUCUUGUCAGUUGUUUUAUUAUCAAGUAACUUUUGUACAGUAUUUAUCAAAACACUUAUCAAUCAACAUGAUUGUGCAUUAUGAGAAUUGUCACAUUUUCUAAACAAAAUUUCUACAGAAGAGAUGCAAUGAAGUGGCAGAGUGGAAAUUUUAAAGAAUUUCUAACAAUGCACAGCGGAGAAAGGGAAAAGAGAUAUAAACCGGUUAAAGGUUUCUCCUUGAAGGUACAUAUAGUGUACUAAACCGUUUUUAGUUUUGUAAGAAAAGUAACGAAUAAUACAAAAAGUACAAGUAAACAUAAUGUUUAAUUUAUAUAUUCGUUUCCCUCUUUCCUCUGUUAAAAACGCGAAUUUUGUGUUUAUACUUUUUGUUGUUUGUAAUAUUUCUGUAGAUAGAUUGUGACAUUUAGUUUUUAUUUUCAUUUCCGUAGUUGUAUUUUCAAAUUUGGCUCUGUAGCCGACACUCCAUGUACAUAAUAAUGAUUUGAACUAAUAACAUCCUUAUAACAGUCACAAUUUCAGUU